ACUCCCACCCCUCAAAAAUUUUCAGCCGCCAUUCUCUCUUCUCCCUGUUUUCUUCCUCGCGCAGCAGCAGCUCCACCUUCCCCUGCGCCCUCUCUCCAUGGCGAGCAGCCUCCUGCAGCCGAGCUCCUGCCCAUGGCGUCCAUCCCUGGCCUCCCUUGCGCAGGGGUAGAAGCAGCCAUGGCCGGACCUUUGCCCUUCUCUGGCUCGCGCCCUCUGUUGCAGACCGAUGCCUCUGUGAGGCCAGCAGCCAGGGCGUCCGAAGUUCCCUAUGCUCGGCGCCCCUUCCUGCGUAGCUCCCUCCUCCCUCUGUUCCUUGUCGUAGGAGCAGGAACUUUAUGGGUGCAGGCCGCGCCCCUCUCCCUUCUUCCCCUACUCGAAGCUUGCCAUGGCACCCGUGCCCCUGCGGCUUCCAUGGCGUCCGGCCCUGCUGUUUUUCUCCCAUGGCCGAGCAGCAGCUCUGCACUUUCCUCCCAUGGUCGAGCUUCUACAUAGCAGCGACAACAGCUCCCAUGGAUGGUGCCCUGAUUUCCAGCUCCCUCUGUCUGGCGCCCUUGCAGCAGGACGCGCAGAGCCCGCAUGGCGCCUUCCUCCUCGGCUCCAAUGGUGUGGCCGAGUAGCAGCCCUGCCCUCUUCUCCCUGGGAUGCAACAACCCAUCCUCCUCUCUUCCCCCACAAAACAGCGAGCCCCCUCCUCGCUGUUCUCCGUGGUGCCCGCCGGUUGUUCGACAGAAUGCACAGCAAACCGCGCGCUGCAGCAGCCCUCUCGUUCGUUCUCCACUCCCCUCGUCGCGUGCCGUCGCUCUAGUGCUCGCUGCGCAGCCCCAUCCGCGACGCCGUCGAAACCCGUGCUAUCCGUCAAUGCCAACCGUCGUGCACGCGUGUUCGAUACAUGGCCGGUCGGGCGAACAACAUGCAUGCACAACUCAGAUCCGAUCCCGUUCAGGACCGAGAGAUGAUGAUCGUGCAAGUGACGUGGUGCCAACCACAAGAUGCGGACGAUGGACAACCUAAGGGAGGAUGGACAUAACCAGUAUUUGCUCGCCAAGCGAGUACCUCCCCCAUCAAACACUAUCUAAGUGUUAAAUUAAAG